AUGGCUUUCCCGGCUGUGCUAAAUCCUGCAAUCCUAUCUCCGAAUAGCACAGACAUCAAAGCUACUUCUGAACAAGCUUCCUGGAUAGCAUCAAGUAAUGGCAUUUCGGGAAUCGUCGGUUUCUUAAUUUUCUCACCUAUAUUUCAAAGCUUCGGUCGGAAGGUGGUUGGUAUCGGAUUGAAUGUCAUACUGGUUGUCGGCUGGCUCGCACUAUCCCUUGCCAACAGUAUCACGGUCUUAGUUUUAGCUAGGGCUAUUCAAGGCUUAAUUAUAGGCGGAUUGUUUAUCAAUGCGAUAACUUUAUCCGAAUAUACAAAUCCACGCAGAAGAGGCUAUUUCAUGACAUUAAAGAAAAUAUCAUUAGGUGUAGGUUCAUUGGCCUGUCAUUCCUUUGCAUUAAUAUGUACGUGGAGACAAAUAGCUUCAUUUUGUAUAAUUCCAUCAGCGUUAGCUGCAUUAUUCAUACUAUUCUGGCCUGAGAGCCCGGCUUUUUUAGCUAUGAAAGGACGAUUCGACGAAUCGGAAAAAGCCUUCACUUGGUUGAAUGGAAACUCAAUAACGAGUAAAAAAGAGCUAAAAGAGUUAAUAAAAGCACAGACAGAGCGACAGGAAGAAAUCAAGAAAUCUGAAAAGAUUUCCGAUGUGAAGAGUUUUAUAAUAACGAUUAAAAAUAAAGAAAUGCAGAAAGCUUGUAUAAUAGUUGCACUUGUCACUUUGUGUAUUGAUGCUUGUGGCAGAUACUUUCUAAUAGCUUAUAUAACGCAAAUAUUAGAAGAAAUUACUGGCAAGACUAAGGAUAGAACAUUGCAAGAGAUAGAAGGUGAAAUAAGGGGCACUGACCGAUCAGAUGUAGUUAAAAACUUGUUACCUGAAAAAGCCAUUUCAGUGGUUCAUCAUUUCACAUAA